CGCGAAUCCCGAUCUCGGUGUCUGUCGGCAGCGGGCCGCACGGGGACUUACGAGGAGCAAAGGCGAACGGUGCCGGUCAUAGGUAUUAUCAUAUUGGGGUUGGUUGUGUCUGCGGAGCGCAAGAACUUUCGGGCCAUUGUCAUCGCGUUCGACGAGAAAGCGGGCGACGGGGUCUCGCUCGAUCUACACUUGUAUACAUAUAUAUAUAUAUAUAUAUGUAUGUAUAUAUAGAUGUGUGUAUAUAGAAAAAAAAGGACAUAUAUGUGCAUGCAUAUAUCGCGCGAUAAUACACACGAGUAGCGAGAGCAAAGGGAACGGCUACGUGCGUGCGUCGUCGUGCGUGCCAGUGUGUGCGGGUGCGUAUCCGAUCGGUGCGUGUAUGCGAGGGCAACCGCGUGCGGGCGGUUCCCACACGUCCGUGCAACAAGUGUCAUUAGACUCGGUGGAAUAUCGGUGCUGUACGGCGCGCGGUGGAAAUAAAACCGACUGCGUUAUUUCGAGGGGUCCGUGAAAGAGAGACCGCCGUGCAUGGUGCCCUCGUUCUUCCACCUCCAGCAGCCAGCGAGAGAGAGGACCGUCGGCGAGGAUGGGCUGCGCGGUGAGCACCACCGGCGAGAAAGAAGCCGCGGAAAGAUCGAAGAAGAUCGACAAGGAUCUCAGAGCGGAUGGCGAACGAGCCUCCAGCGAGGUCAAACUUCUGCUGCUCGGAGCGGGGGAGUCAGGAAAGUCCACUGUAGUAAAACAAAUGAAAAUUAUUCAUGAGACCGGCUAUAACAAGGAGGAAUGCGAACAGUAUAAGCCUGUAGUAUACAGUAACACAAUUCAGAGUCUAAUGGCAAUAAUUAGAGCCAUGGGACAGCUUAGAAUCGAUUUUGUGGACCCUAAUAAAGCGGACAUAGCACGCCAAUUUUUUACUCUAGCUUCUGCAGCGGAAGAAGGUGAACUUACCGGGGAGCUGGUGCUGUUAAUGAAACGGUUGUGGCAAGACCCAGGGGUACAGCUUUGCUAUACGCGUAGCAGAGAAUACAAGAUCAACGAUUCUGCAGCGUAUUAUCUUAAUGCCUUAGAUCGCAUAGCUCAACCUAAUUACAUUCCAACUCAGCAAGAUGUUCUCAGAACACGCGUGAAAACCACUGGAAUAGUGGAAACGCAUUUUUCUUUUAAGGGCCUACAUUUCAAAAUGUUCGACGUUGGCGGCCAGCGGUCAGAAAGAAAAAAGUGGAUACACUGUUUCGAAGGUGUUACUGCCAUUAUCUUCUGCGUCGCUCUGAGCGGGUACGACUUGGUCCUCGCAGAAGAUGAAGAGAUGAAUAGAAUGAUAGAAUCAAUGAAAUUGUUUGAUUCUAUUUGCAAUAGUAAAUGGUUCGUUGAAACAUCGAUCAUUUUAUUCUUAAACAAGAAAGAUCUUUUCGAGGAGAAGAUCACAAGGAGUCCUUUGACUAUUUGUUUCCCAGAGUAUAAAGGUGCAAAUACGUAUGAAGAAUGUGCUUCCUAUAUUCAAAUGAAGUUCGAGAAUUUGAAUAAAAGGAAAGAUCAGAAACAAAUUUACACGCACUUCACUUGUGCUACCGACACGACUAAUAUUCAAUUUGUGUUCGAUGCUGUAACUGACGUCAUAAUCAAAAAUAAUUUAAGCAAUUGUGGCUUACUAAGUUAAACAUUCCAAUACUCUGUUGAAUAUGAAAGGGUAGAUCUAUGUCUGUGGUUUAAAAACUAAUGCAAAAAACACGAAGGAUACACGUGAGAGACUGAACAAGAAUUGUUAGGACCAGAAAUGUUCUGUGUAUACUAUCCCAUCUGCCGAUUGGGCAACAUUUUACACUUUGGCAUCUUAUUCGAUGUUCACGAUAUUUUUGUUUAGUAUUAUAUAACGACUUAGUGGAUCCUAUUUGCCUCAACAUCGUUUUCAGACUGGAAGUUCAUAAUAUUUUAUACUCUAACAAGGUAGUUCUUAAUUUAUUCGACUUCUUGAUGCAACAUUUGGUAUUAAGUUGAAGUGAUAAAAAAAAAUUUGAAGAAUCGCAAAAUUAGUAUAUUAUACUCUUACAGACAAUAGCAGAUACUAUUUGCAAAUGAAAGGAUACUUGGUUUCUACCAAUUGUAUUUAGUAUAUUAACCAGAACCUAGUUAGAUGUUAAUUUAGUGAUAUCUUUUUGUAUAUAAUUUAUUCGCUAAAAAGACUCUGUUUUUACUGAAUGGAAAUAUAUUUCCAUGAUUGUGGUCAAAGCUAUUCAACUUUUUCGUGAAUGUUUAUAUUCUUAUGACAGAUACAGCUCUCUGUGACUAUAGGAUAUAUUUAUACAAAUGAAAUUUGAUAAAAUUCUUUUUAUAUGUAUUAUUAAAUAACAUUUGAAAGGCUGUCAUUAUUGCUCUACCUUCCAUACAAGACAGUGCUAAGAGUUAGAGAUCUUGAGAUUAAUUCAUUCUAAUACUGAGAUGAAUGAAUACAUUUUUUAAAUAAAAGUUAAUGUCUUUUCUUUUUUUUGUUUAAUUUUUAUAAUUCAUGUUGUGAGAUUUGUACAAAGGAAAAUUUGUAAUUUCGUACAUUAUGGAGAAGAGCAAUAAAAUGGCCAUGUGUAAUUUAUUU